AUGUCGACUAGCGUCCUGCUGCUGCGCUCACCCUCCGAGGACGGCGGCCCGGACAAGUACGAGGAGGCGUUCCGCGCGCGCGGGUACCGCCCCGUGUCGGUGCCAGUUCUCGAGACUGUGCACAAGAACCUCGACACCCUCGCGGGAGUCGUGAAGAGAGGCGGCCGCACUGCGGACGAGUACGCGAGCGGACUGUACGCCGGGGUCAUUGUGACCAGCGGGCGCGCAUGUGAGGCCUGGCGGCUGGUCGUGCAGCAGCUCGAGGAGGAUAGACAGCAGGAAACUGGCAUCGACGCCCGUACAGUAUCUGACUGGCCGACCGUCCCGUUCUACGCUGUCGGCGCUGCGACCGCCUCCGCCCUCUCUUCCAUCCACAAUGCAUUCCCUGCCUCAUCCUACGUGCCGCAAGAUGUUCGUGGCGGUGCGACGUCGGGCACGGCAGAGAAGCUCGCACAUUUCAUCGUCUCCGACUUGCCCGAGGGACGAGGCCGGCGGCUGCUGUACCUCACGGGCGACAAGAAUCGGGACACGUUGCCGGGAAUACUGGGCGAAGUGGGGAUGGAGCUAGAGAGCCUGCAGGUAUACGCAACGCAGGGUUCGCUGCGCUUUGAGGAAGACUUGAGAAGCGCAUUGGAAGUGGACGCUCCAGACGACUCGGGGAAAUGGUGGAUUGUACACUUCGCACCAAGCGCAGCGAAGACAGUCUCGCCGACACUCGUCAAAUAUUUCAAUAUCCCUAUUGUGGAGGACGCGUCAUUAUCACCGCGGAGAACACAUAUAGCGGCUAUUGGCCCGACAACAUCAACGUUCUUGCGCGAUGAGCUGCAUGUCGAGGUUGCAGUAGUUGCUGAAAAGCCGACGCCGGACGCGUUGGCCGAAGGCAUCGCGGAGUGGCAUCGGACACACGAGCUGGGGUCCGAUGCUGGCAGUCUAUGGGAGGAGGAGCAGAAUCCUGUAUAUAACACCCCUGGAACCGGAGUAUAG